AAAACAGUUGCCAUAGGCUGUUUUCCUCUGAAACCGACGGUGGAUCAAGAUGGCGGCAUUCAGCGCUGAGCGGUGGCUGGAUGGAUUACCAAACCAUGGCAUUUUCAAGAAAAUACGGGAGAAUCUGGAUUUGGACCGCAGCUCAAAUGAAAGGGGGGUCGCUAAAAACCUCACCUUCUGUGUGGGGGUGGACUUUUUCGUGUGGGACGACGCAGACCGCGUGUUCUACACGGCUAAUUUGCGGCAGCUAAACUCGGAUGAGAGUCACGGCAGCGGGAACUAUCAGAAGCUGCUGUGCAUUAACCCUCCUCUCUUCGAAGUGUGCCAGGUGUUGCUAAGUCCGACGCAGCACCACGUCGCCCUCGUCGGGCUGCGGGGUGUCUCGGUGCUGGAGCUUCCUCAGCGGUGGGGCAAGAGGUCCGAGUUCGAGGGCGGAAGGAGCGAAAUCAACUGCAAGACCAUCCCGGUGGCGGAGCGCUUCUUCACGAGCUCUCCGUCGGUGAAUCUGCGGCAGGCGGCUUGGUACCCCAGCGAGACCGACGAGCCCCACUUAGUGCUGCUCACAUCCGACAACACCAUCAGGUUUUACAGCUUGAAGUCGCCCCAGACCCCCGCCAGAGUCCUGCCAGUGUCGCAGUCGGAGGAUGACAGCAACCUCAACCCUCCGGCCCGCUCCUACGCAGCCUCCCUUGGUGAGAUAGCCGUGGCGUUUGACUUCGGGCCGAUCUCGUCCCCACCUCGGCAGCUGGGAGGACGGAUCAAAGAGCAGCUCGUCUAUCCUCUGUACGUGCUCUACGAAAACGGGGAGACCUAUCUGAGCUACACGAGCCUGUCAAACAGUGUGACUUUAAGUAAACCCGCCGGACCCCUUCCAAUGUACCCAGCAGCAGAGGACAACUAUGGCUAUGAUGCUUGUGCCAUCCUCUGCCUGCCAUGUGUGCCCAGCAUCCUGGUCAUCGCCACAGAAACAGGCACCCUGUACCACUGUGUGGUGUUGGAGUCUGAGGAAGAGGAUGAGGCAGGGGCCGUGGAGAAGUGGAUCCGAGGUACUGAACCGGUGCCGUCUCUCUAUGUGUUUGAGUGCGUUGAGCUGGAGCUCACCCUCAAAGUGGCCACGGGAGAGGAUGAGGAGCCACAGGAGUUUGACUUCACCUGCCCCAUCAGACUGCACAGGGACCCUCUGUGCCAGCAGCGGUAUCACUGCACCCACGAAGCAGGAGUGCACAGCGUGGGGCUAAUCUGGGUCAACAAGCUGCAGAAGUUCCUCCAGUCGGGUGAAGAGGAUAAGGACAGUCUCCAGGAGCUGGCUGCUGAGAAGCGAUGUAUUGUAGAGCACAUUCUUUGCACCAGACCUCUCCUCACCAGUCAGUCAGCUCCAGUUCGUGGCUUUUUGAUUGUGUCUGACCUUUCCUUGGGCGCCACCAUGAUCUGCAUCACCAACACCUUCGAAUGCAUCCUGUUGCCCCUGCUGAGCUCCAUUCGCCCUCCCUCCCCUCCCCUGCUUUGUUCUCAUCCGGGUCCCGGCUCUGGCAGCUCCCCUCUACGUGGACUGGCCGAGGACUCCUUCGAGCAGCACAUCCGCAACAUCCUGGCACGCAGCUCCACCAAUCCUCUUGUACUCAAGGCUGGGGACAAGGACUCAUCACCACCUCCUCCAGAGUGUCUGCAGCUCCUCAGCAGAGCCACCCAGGUCUUCAGUGAGGAGUACAUUCUCAAGCAGGACUUGGCUCGUGAAGAGAUGCAGAGGAGGGUGAAACUCCUGACGGGUCAGAAGAACAAGCAGCUGGAAGAGAUGGCUCUGUGCAAGGAGGAGAGGAUGACUCUGAGAGAGGCAGCAGAGAGGUUGGCUGAUAAGUACGAAGAUGCAAAGUAUCGCCAGGAAACAAUUAUGAACAGGGUUAAAAGAGUACUUGGCAGCCUGCAAAGCCGACUACCCAUACUGUCAAACAGUGAAAAGGAUAUGAAGAAGGAGCUGCAGACCAUCAGUGAUCAACUGAAACACCUGGAUAACUGCAUCAAGCAGGUGAACAUGAAGAUGGACUACCAGAAGACGCAAGUGGACAAGGACGUGCCUGCAGCCAGGACAACCGUCUCACUCAAUGCCCACCAGAAGAAGGUUGUUCAGGACGUCCUCCGAGAACAGGGACAGCAAAUUGGCGACAUGAUGAAACAGAUCAAAGACAUCAAAAAUCAUUUCAGUUUCUAAGGACUGCAGUAAUCAGUAACAAUGAUUCGCAGACAACAUGGGGGAAAAUGCUCUUUUUGUAGUGAUUAAACCUGCCUUUCUGUGACGUUUGAUUAGACGCUGGACUGCUUUAGUCACACAUUAAUGUGCCAUGUGUGGAAUGUGUAUUUGAAUGGAAAGAUGUUUGAUAUACUCUGAUAUAACUUCACCUUUGAUGCUUCAUGUUGUUUGUCUCCUAAUAGAGAUACGAUAGUUUUCUUUCUUGUCCUGCCAAUAAUUUUGCAUAUUUUUACAUCAGUCUUUGUAAAUGUGAAUGUCUGCGUGUUUAUGUUUGUAGAGGCAGGUGACAUGGAAAUAUUUUUGAGAAAAUACUAAGCAUUUAUAUUUUCAACAUGCUCAGUUUGUUUGGAUUGAUAAUAAAAUUUACAAUUGUCUGUAA